ACCCCAACGAGCAAGCAUAUAGACGAGCGAGAAGAGGGGAUUGUGUGACGAAGACGAUCGACGACAUCAACAACGGAGAGGUAGCCACAGCAUCCCAGAUACCACGCAGCCCUCCACCUCGAUGGCAGUCAUGCAGCGACACGCCAUUGAACUCCUCUUGUCCUUCGUCCUGGCUGCCGCCGUAGCAUGCGCAGCAAAGAUACCGCCGCCACAGGCUACGCUGGACGUUGGCACCAUCCUCACGGGCACGGCUGACACGGGCAACAACAUCGCCCGCUGGCAGGGCGUACGCUACGCUCAACCUCCUGUGGGCAAGCUGCGCUUCGCACCACCCCAACCAAUCGACAAAGCGACGCAGAACUCGGGAGUCGCCCCGUCGAAGAAGACGCCCCAAGCACAUGGCGGGGCUGGCAAACACCACGAUAAUGCUGCGCUUUCUUUGCGGCCCAUGCCUUUCUUCACCGACUCGUGGCAUUACGCUCGCGGAUUCAUCAACGGCACGCGGCCCCUUCGCAAACGCGCUGCCUCCACGAUCGCAGCUACCAAGCCUGGCCCCAAAUGCGCUCAAUCGGGGGACAUCGACGAACAGAGUGAGGACUGCCUCUAUGCAAAUGUUUACCGGCCGCUAGAUGCGCCGAACAAUGCAUCUCUUCCCGUUAUCCUCUUCAUUCAUGGUGGAGCUUUCCAAACUGGAUCGGGGUCAGACUACGACCCCACGCUGUUUAUGAAGGGGGCAGUCAAGCAGAGCUUGCCCGUCGUGUUCGUCACGUUCAAUUACAGGUUGAACGGAUUUGGCUUUUUUGCUUCGAGCGAUCUCGCGACACUAGCGGGGCUUGAUGCGUCGGGGUGUACAGGAAAAGGAUCAAAAUGUAGUGCGAAGGACGCAGGGUCGCAGCCAGUCGGCCUGAACCUCGGCUUCCAAGACAUGAAGAUGGCCAUCAACUGGACUUACUCAAACAUCGACUCAUUUGGCGGGGACCCUUCCAAGAUUACGAUCUGGGGCCAAUCAGCCGGCGCCUUCGGCGUGGGUGCGCAGCUGGUGGGCUCACCGGGCAGACCUCUAGCGAGCGGUCAAGCUCAGUCUUCCUCCAACCCGCCUCGCCCACUCUUUCGUGCCGCCAUCUUCCAGAGUGGCGCUCCCUCUGGAUACGCCCUCGCUCUCCCGUCCGACCGCGACCUCAGCUGGCAGCAGACGCUCACGAAUCUCAAGUGCGGCGACGCUGCAGGUGGGGCCCAAGGAAGGCUCAAUUGCGUGCGCAACGUGCCCUGGCAGGCGCUCCGUAACGAGAGUCUGGCUCUGUCCGCCGCGGGAUCCUUUGCCACUGAUGGACCUUACGUGCUCGGUGGCUACCCAUGGUCUCCGGUAGCUGACGGCGGGGCUCGGCGGGGCGGCUUCUUUGACCAAGCAGCAAGCCAGAUUCUUCAGCAAGGCGACUUUGCGCAGGUACCCAUCAUCACAGGCAACAACCUAGAUGAAGGCACCAUCUUUGUCCCUCACCAAUUCACCACGCCUACCCAAUUCGAGCGUUGGGUGCGCGAAGUCUACUUCCAGUCCUCCAACGUCACGGCACAAGACAUGGCCUACGAAGUGAUCUCCGCCUCAUACUCCGACGUUCCCGCUUUGGGGAGUCCCUACAGCCCUGCAAAUGGAAAUGCAUCGGAUCGCUUCUGGCCGGGGGAGGAUAAUCAGUAUAAACGCUGCGCAUCCUUCUACGGGGACAUGCGGUACCACAGCAACAGGCGCUUCCUCCUCCAGCAAGGAUUGGAAAGCAAGAAGACGCCAGCUGCUUGGACGUAUCUCUUUCAGGAUCGCCCCGUGCAUGCAGCUGUUGACUUGGGAGUUCCACACAGCUCUGACCUGGACAUUGCCUUUGGCUUCCGACCCAGCACGCUCAAUGCAGUCGUGGCGGGCCAGUACGCGAGCUUUGCGACCAAUCUGGACCCCAACGGCAAAGGACUGCCGGUGUGGCCCAAGUACGACACAAAGGGGAAGAUGAUGUUGAGCUACAAUGAUGGAGAAAGAACAGAUACGAUUAUUGAUGACUACAGGGAGGAGCAGAUGGACGCGUUGAACUCUGUGCUGGUCAGGGCGGUGACGAACAGGUGAGCGUAAGAGAGGCGCUUCCGUUCUUCGACAUACAGCAAGUCAACAAGCAGUGGACACGCAUCGAGUCUACCGACGCCUUGCGCAUCCUCGGCCUACCAAAUUAUCAACGCUAGCAAACUGUCCCGCCAACCUUCUCGAAUGCUUGCAACUUCUCGCUUGCUCUGCCGUUGCUCCCCCUCCACACUUUGUACAUUGCUCCCUCCACCGCACGCUCCUUCACGCAAGCCAGUCGGCCUUUGUACAUAUUUGAAUCUCUAGAUGCUCUUGACGUUGAUUG